AUGGGGUUCGAAAUAUCUCCUGCCAUUGAAGCAGGCAAGAAUAGCCAAGACACUCUCAAUGAGGACGAUCGUGAGCUGCUAGAGCUGGGCUAUCGUUCUGUCCUAGAGCGUGGAUGGGGCAUGUUUGACAAUUUUGCCUGCUCUUUCUCCGCUCUAUAUGUGGUUGGAGGAAUUCGGGUGCUGUUCUACAUCGCAUUGAGUGGCGGCGGCCCGGCGGCGAUGUGGAGCUCUUACGUCUCAGGUAGCAUUCUAUCGAUCAUAACUGCGGCUUGUCUUGCUGAAGCCUGCUCCAGCUAUCCCGCAGCGGGGUCAAUCUACUACUGGGCAUUCCGAUCAUUCGGUGGUGGGCGCAUAGGUCGUUUCGUCUCAUUCAUGGUAGCUGCAUGGACCCUUGUUGCGUGGACUUCUUUUCUGGCCAGUGAUGCGUUCGGAGUUGCCAACUAUCUCGUGUCAGAGAUUGUUCUGUUCAAUCCGCAGACAAGCUUUCCCUACGAGACUUCUGAGGUGCGCGCACGCGCCAUUUCCUGGGCCUUCUCAUUACUUUUCUUGGCUAUAGCUACCUCAUUGAACUUCCUUCCCUCACGCAUGUAUUCGUGGGUGUUUCGUGUGGGAGUCGCCGUCAUCAUCCUUGAUAUGCUGCUCAACUUCAUCUGGCUCCCCAUCGGUGUAUCGAAAACGUACGGAUUUCAAUCCGCUGAGUAUGUUUUCACCUCGACGUAUAAUGGCGGCGAUACCACCCCUAGCCUAAACUGGGUGCUGUCCUGGUUCUUGCCUGCUAGCACUCUCGUCGGUCAAGAUGCGUCAGGUCAUGUUGCCGAAGAGACCAUAUCGGCCAAAAAGGUUGCUUCAAGGGGAAUAUUCUGGGCAACCGUUGCCUCAGCAGUGUGUGGCUUCCCAAUCAUCAUUCUUUUUCUGUUCUGCAUGCCACCUAUUGAGACAUUCUACGACACCACCGUACCCCAGCCAUUCGUUAACAUGUACGCCAUAGCGUUGGGACCACAUGCUCAUGUUGUCAUGACAAUCAUCUGUAUGAUUGGCAGCAUAGUGAAUACCUCCAUAUCUCUGGUCGCUGUGUCGCGACUUGUCUUUGCUGUGGCACGUGACGGUGUAUUCCCGUUUAGCAAUUGGCUCUCUCAGGUCUCAAAAUCAAAGCAGCCUCAUAAUGCGAUCAUCUUCAUCUCAACGAUCUCUGCGCUUCUGUUAUGCACCCAGCUGCCGUCUCAGGUAGCAUUUUCCAGUCUGAUCUCUACCUCGGCAGCUGGUUCCAUUGCUGCAUAUGGCCUUGUUGGUUUUGGCCGCGCAUUUAUCACACGCAAGACCUUCCGCCCCGGUUUCUGGGACAUAGGACGGUUUGGUGUUGUGGCAGCUGUCAUCACAUUUGUGUGGAAUGGCUUUGCGUUUUCUGUGCUCUGCGCUCCUGAGUACUCUGAUAGCGAGAUCGACAAAGAUGCAAGUCUGUUCAAUUAUGCAAUUGUCAUUGUUGGUGGUGUCACAAUAAUUGCCGUUGAAGAGUAUUGGCGCAAAUCGAACAGCAACUGGUUCCAACACCUAGAAUCCAACAAAUUCGGCACUAAGUCUGUGACUGAAUCUUCGACUGCACAAACCGAGAGAGAAAUUUACUCUGGUCCGACAGCCUUGUAA